GAGCGCACGGAGUGGGAGGCGGCAACCUGCACCGACAAUCACACACACUCCCUCAUAGUUGUUAGCUGUUUGUUCUGGUCGGAGGAAGACAUCAAGGCGCCGAAGAAAGCAAUGGAAAAUGAGAGCAAGAGGAAGAUGAAGGAGAGAUUUGCCCUGAGGCGGGACAUCUUUAAGGAGUUCCUGGCGGAAUUUCUAGGGAUAUUUGUCCUGAUACUCUUUGGAUGUGGUUCAGUGGCCCAGACGGUGCUGAGUAAAGGGGCUCUCGGGGAGCCCUUAACAAUCCAUGUUGGUUUCACUCUGGGAGUCAUGAUGGCUGUCUACAUUGCAGGGGGAGUGUCAGGAGCCCACGUGAACCCUGCAGUCUCUCUGGCCAUGGUAAUCCUGGGGAAGCUUCCUCUGAAGAAGUUUCCUGUGUAUGUGGUGGCACAAUUCCUGGGGGCUUUUGCUGGAUCCUGUGCUGUCUAUGGGUUUUAUUAUGAUGCUUUGAUGGAAUAUACCAAUGGAGAAUUUGCUGUUACUGGUGCAAAUGCUACAGCCAACAUAUUUGCAUCCUAUCCUGCAAAACAUCUCUCAGUCCUAAAUGGGUUUGUUGAUCAGGUAAUUGCAACUGCUGCGCUGAUCCUGUGCAUCCUAGCCAUCACUGACAGGAAGAAUAUUGGUGCUCCAAAAGGCAUGGAGCCUCUGUGCAUCGGCCUGAUCAUCCUGGCCAUCGGAGUGUCUAUGGGUCUGAACUGCGGCUAUCCAAUCAACCCGGCACGAGACCUUGGCCCACGGUUCUUCACGGCUGUGGCCGGGUGGGGGAUGGACGUAUUCAGAGCUGGAGGUUGCUGGUGGUGGAUCCCCGUGGCAGGGCCCAUGGUGGGCGGAGCAGUAGGAGCCGGCGUUUACUUCCUGUUCAUUGAGUUGCACCACCACGAGCCUGAAAAACAGGAGGAGAACAACGUCCAGGACAAGUAUGAAAUGAUAACUAUGAGUUAAGAUUUAGAACAAGGGUUGCAGAGCGAAGCAACAAUGCAGCUGAUUUUUCACCCUCAGAAGGCAAAAAUGUUCAUUUAGAUUAAGCCGCUUUAUACAUUUAUACAAUACAAGUUCUGAGAAAAUUUACAUUUAAUGUUUAAUACAAAGCAUGCAUCUGACUACACAAUUUCAUAGUCAUUUCUAAAAUAUGCACAAAUGUUUUAUGAAGUCUUUAAAGUCUUUUUUGGUAGAAAGUCAGGUCUAUUUAUAGGUUCUCGGCUUUAUCUGCCAAAAUAUUAAAGUUGCUUGAUGAACAUAUUCUCUUUAGACAUAAAGCUUUUCCUUUCAUUCCAUGAACUCUAUAAUGGAGAAUUUCCUCUGCAUUGUAGCUAUGCAGUACUUUAUAGUAUCCUAUUUCCUAACUGGGACCUUCUCCUCUGGUUCGAAAUAUUUGCCAAGUUUCUGUACAGCAUUUUUAUUUUUACUACUGUCUACCAAACAAACAGGGGCAUUGAGGAAACAGUUGAUUUAAUGUGGAAAUGUAGUAAUAUAUAUUACUUUUAGCCAAUGUUUUACAGUAAUGAUGUGUUUGGUGGAGUGACUUCCUUAUUCUGUUUCACUUCAUCCUUUGCAUGUGUAUAAAACAAGUGUGAUUGAUUGCUUUAUCUUGCUUACAGCGUUCGUUUUUAUAAGAUGUAUGUGUUGUUAUGUUAUGUAGAAAUCCAGCCUUAAAUGAUUUUACUGGCUUUGCUUACUUUUUCAUUUCUCAUCUCCAUAAUUUCGCGGCACACAGACUUGUGUUAUAUUGCUGUGGAUUAAAGAUUUACUCGAUACAGACACCGUUGAUAUUGAAAAGCCAUAUGCUUUUGAAGCUUUUGCAAAUGUCACUGAAAUCCUCGAUGAGCUAAAGUCAAAUUUGUAAUAAAGCACUUAUUUUGUGGCGGUUUAGGUUUGGUUCCAAUAACAAAGGAACAAUACUGCUUGGAAAUGUAAAAUAUACUGUCCUUUAUUAAUUGUGUUUUUGUGAUUCAUAAUGCUAUGUAUCCUGUGUGCACAGAAAUGUGAAUUUGAAAAGACAAACCCAAUGUCAACAGGCCAUGUUAUAGAAUAAUAUGACUUGUAACCUAGCCUGGAAGACAACAGGAUGUUCAUAGACCUAUGCUGAUGUUAUUGUUCUGUCAGUUGAACAUUCAUUUGUACAUACACUAAUUGUGAGAUUAUAUUGCACUGCACAAAAUAUCAUUUUACAACACACUAUACUUGUUUGGCAAUGUGACAAUCACUUAAAUCACUUAAUGAGUUUUUUUUAUUUCUUUUACUUUUGUGAAAAAUUGAAGAAAGUCAGAGGCACAAACAUCAAAGAGUGUUUUUUCUGAGAUUGAACAUGCAGUGCAUCAUUUGGUCCUGACCAUUUUAACAGUAGUGUAGAGUGCCCAUUAUACUUCAACCCCUGUAUGUGGCCUAUGUUUGAAUCAGAAUAAUUAAAGUAUGCAUGUUUGAAAAGCAGUUAAAGUUGUCACUGAAAUGUUCAGCUGUUCACUGAAAUGGUGUAUUUUGUCUCUCCCUGACGCACACUUUGAUGUCAGUGCUUCAGUCUUGGCAGCCUGUCAAGAAGGUUAAAUUUAAGAAUUUAAAUAUUUAUGUCUGUUUUUGUUGUUGUUGCUUAUUUACUUUUUUAAAGGUAGUUUCCUAACAUUAUUUGUCUUUAUCUCUCUGAAUCAGCUAUUUUUCU